GGAUGUUGUGAGGAUCUGCGGCCGCCCGGCCCAGCUUCCUGCAACCGCCCCACGGCGGGCUGCGCUCUUCCUCGGGAGUCGUAGUUCUUCCGUCCGCCGCUGCCUGGCGUGGGGCGCGAGCGGGACUACGAGUCCCGGCAUGCAUUGCAGCGCACUGCCGGGCGCUCCCUCUCGGAGGCGGACGCCUGCGAGCAGGUUGUUUUUAUGAGAGGCGUCACGGGCGCCCGGCGUUGUGACCGCCGCCACCGUGACAGCUGGCGCCGCCGGGCGGAGGUGGCGCUGCCCCUUCAGACCUGAAAAAUGUCUGAAAAUUCCAGUGAUAGUGAUUCAUCUUGUGGUUGGACUGUCAUCAAUCAUGAGGGGUCUGAUAUAGAAAUGGUGAAUUCUGUCACAGCCAGUGACAACUGUGUGCUCACCCCGGAGUGUUCAUCUUUAGAGCAAGAGGAAUUACAACUAUUGCAGAUAGAACAGGGAGAAAGCAGCCAAAAUGGCACAAUGUUUUUGGGAGAAACUGCAUAUCCAGAUACCGAAGAAGCCAAGUCAAGAAUUGAGGCAGAGGAAGAAAAGAUACCUGAGGAUAGUGUCUGUUUUGGAACUGCCAGUGAUGAUUCUGAUAUUGUUACCCUUGAGCCACCUAAGUUAGAAGAAAUUGAAAAUCAAGAAGUCAUCCUUGUUGAAGAAGAAGCACAGAGUCCAGAAGACAUUAACAUGGGCUCUUCCUCAAGUAGUCAGUAUGCAUUCUGUCAUCCAGAAACUGUAUUUUCAUCUCAGCCUAGUGAAGAUGAAUCAAGUAGUGAUGAAACCAGUACCCAGCCCAGUCCGGCCUUUAGACGGCGCCGUGCAAGGAAGAAAACUGUUUCUACUUCAGAAUCUGAAGAACACCUGCUUGCUGAACAAGAAACUGAACCUUCUAGGGAGUCGAGUAAACACCAAUUCAGUAGUGGUCUUAAUAAAUGUGUUAUACUUGCUUUGGUGGUUGCAAUCAGCAUGGGAUUUGGACAUUUCUAUGGCACAAUUCAGAUUCAGAAGCGUCAACAGUUAGUUAGAAAGAUACAUGAAGAUGAAUUGAAUGAUAUGAAGGAUUAUCUUUCCCAAUGUCAACAGGAACAAGGAUCUUUUAUAGAUUAUAAGUCAUUAAAAGAAAAUCUUGCAACGUGUUGGACUCUUACUGAAGCAGAGAAGAUGUCUUUUGAAACUCAGAAAACGAACCUUGCUGCAGAAAAUCAGUAUUUAAGAAUAUCUCUGGAGAAGGAAGAAAAAGCCUUAUCUUCACUACAAGAAGAAUUAAACAAACUAAGAGAACAGAUUAGAAUACUGGAAGAUAAAGGGACAAGUGCUGAGUUAGUUAAAGAAAAUCAAAAGCUUAAGCAGCAUUUGGAAGAGGAAAGGCAGAAAAAAUAUGGCUUUCUUAAUCAAAAGGAGACUCUGUUGGCAGAAGCAAAGAUGCUAAAGAGGGAACUAGAGAGAGAACGACUAGUAACCAUGGCUUUACGGGUGGAACUUCAGCAGUUAAGUGCUAGUCAGUCACAUAGCAACUCAGAGUCUCCCAAUGUGUUGGCUGAAAAAAAGGAGAUAGCAAUCUUACGGGAGAGACUCACUGAGCUGGAGCAGAAGCUGAACUUUGAACAGCAGCGUUCUGAUUUGUGGGAAAGAUUGUAUGUUGAGGCAAAAGAUCAAAAUGGAAAACAAGAAACUGAUGGAAAAAAGAAAGGGAGCAGAGGAAACCACAGGGCUAAAAAUAAGUCAAAGAACACAUUUUUGGGUUCAGUUAAGGAAACAUUUGAUGCUAUGAAGAAUUCUACCAAGGAGUUUGUGAGACAUCAUAAAGAAAAAAUUAAGCAGGCUAAAGAAGCUGUGAAGGAGAAUCUGAAAAAAUUCUCAGAUUCAGUUAAAUCCACUUUCAGACAUUUUAAAGAUAACACCAAGAAUAUCUUCGAUGAAAAGAGUAAUAAAAGAUGUGGUGCUACCACAGAAGAAGCAACUGAAAAACCAAGAACAGUUUUUAGUGACUAUUUACAUCCACAGUAUAGAGCACCUACAGAAAACCAGAAUAGCAGAGGCCCUACUAUGCAAAGAGAUGGAAGAAAAGUAAAACCAACUCACUUUGAAGAAUUCAGAAAAAAUACAAAUUCACAGAAAUGUAUUGCUGAGCGUGACUGUAGGGAAAAUUAUCAUUCUUUCAGAAAGGAUUGUUCUGGUGUAUUUGAAUGUGCUCGACAAGAAUCCAUGAGCCUUUUUAAUACGGUGAGGAAUCCUGUAAGGAUAGAUGAUUUUAGACACGUCAUGGAAAGGUACUUACUAGAAGAACUGAAUGGUUUUCAUCACUGGAAAGAACUUAAUCAGUUCAUCAAUAAGUUUUUCCUAAAUGGUGUCUUUAUACAUGAUCAGAAGCUCUUCACUGACUUUGUUAUUGGUGUUAAAGAUUAUCUUAAGGACAUGAAGGAAUAUCAAGUAGAUAAUGAUGGAGUGUUUGAGAAGUUGGAUGGAUUUAUAUAUAGACACUUCUUUGGUCACACAUUUCCCCUUCCAUAUGGACCCAGUCGACCUGAUAAAAAGCAACGUAUGGUAAAUAUUGAAAACUCCAGGCAGCGAAAACAAGAACAGAAGCACCUUCAGCCACAGCCUUAUAAAAGGGAAGGUAAAUGGCAUAAAUAUGGUCGCACUAAUGGAAGACACAUGGCAAAUUUUGAAAUAGAAUUGGGGCAAUUGCCUUUGGAUCCCAAAUACUGAUUCACGAUUAAGUUACAUUAGAAAAUUGUAAGAGAAAAUGGAUGCUUUUGUUAAUGUUUGGUGUUGAAACUAAGAUGAAAUUAUCAAGAUGAUAAUGUCCUUUUAUUUCUAAGUAUCAGUUUGAUGACUAUUAUUACUCAGAAGCAUCAAUCUAAAGCCUACUAACCUGCAUUUUCCUGUAGUUUAGCUUUGUUGAAUUUUUUUUAGCACUGGAAAUGUUCACUGGUAGUUUUAUUAAGGAAGCUAGGCAUGCAACAGGUUUUGUGCAUGAAAUGAGACUUCCUUUCAGUAUAUGAGCUUAAACUCAAAUCAUACAUUGACAAAGUGUAAAUUAACACUGCUGUUUGUUAAAUUUGCAGUAGAGUUUGAGAAAAGUACACUGUGAUGGAAUUUCAUUUUAUAAUCUUAUACCUGCUUCUUGUCUUUUUUGUGGGUUCAAGAGCCCGUUGACUUGUGAAGAAUUUGCUGCCCUCUUAUGAGCUUGCUGACUUGUUCUCUUGUGAAAUUUCUUGCACAUCUGAGUAUUGUGGAAGAAACAAUAAAACUACACCAUGAGGAAACUAAAGGUCUUUAUUUAAAAUCUAGCAUUGUAUUAAUAUGUGAUUUUAAGUAUGUGAUAUUUAUACAUUUCCUCAAUAGUGGUAUUUGGUAAAGCAGUUCGCAGUUUUUCCCCAAGUUCCAUGAAUUUUACCCGGUGUUUACUAAAGUAUUUAAGUAGCAUCUGAAUAUUUCCACCUAGCAAUGCCAGUUUACCUGGGAAAGUUGUAGACACAGUUCAGAAUUUUAUCUUCUGUUGAGUUUCCCUUUUAACUUCCGUUCAUAAAUAUAUACGUGACUUCCAAUUCGACCCGCCGGCAAGUGAGUGUGGAAGAAAACUGCAGUUCUCUCAUAAUUGUUUGAAAUUAGGAAAGCACUUAUUUCCUAAAAGUAAAUAAACAUUUAAGUAAAUAAAGGUGACAUUUUGCUG